AUGGCACUAGGCAUGUUGAAAUACCUCGGCGUGGUGAGCGCGCCGCCGCCUGCUGAAGAUGACAAGACUGCGACACGAGCUCUUCCCUCCAGCUGGUACACAUCGCCCGAGAUGUACGAGCUCGAGAGGCGUGCAAUCUUCUCCAGGAAGUGGAUGCUCAUCACCCACAAGAUUCGACUCGCUCAACCACGUGACUGGCUCAAGUUCACCAUCGCAGGUUUCCAAUUCAUCCUAUGCCGUGACCGUCAAGGCACCAUCAACGGCUUCCACAAUGUCUGCCGACACCGCGCAUUCCCCGUCUGCCUCGAUGACGAAGGCUCCGCAAAAAUCUUCUCCUGCAAAUACCACGGUUGGUCCUACGGUCUGAACGGGAAACUCGCCAAAGCCCCCGGCUACCAAGAACUCACCGGUUUCGACAAAGACACCAACGGCCUCUUCCCCAUCCACGUCCACAUUGACACCCUCGGCUUCAUCUGGGUCAACCUAGACGGCAAGCCUACCCCCGAAGUAGCCUGGGAAGACGACUUCGCCGGCAUCGACAAGCAGGAACGCUACACGCAGUACAACUUCGACGACUAUGUCUUCGACCACACCUGGCAAAUGGACGGCUCCUACAACUGGAAGAUUCUCGCAGACAAUUACAAUGAAUGCUACCAUUGCCCCACUACGCACCCUGAUAUUACUGCCCUCGCGGAUCUAGCAUCCUACUCCGUCCGCACGCAGAAAUGCCAGAUCAUCCACGACGCUGCCACGACCGACGAGCAGCGCAAGAACGGCCUCACGGUCGCUAGCACAUACUACUUCCCCAACGUGUCGACUAAUAUCUCACCCCAUUUCUUCAUGAUCCAACGCUUCGUCCCGCUCACGCCCACCUCCUCCAGCAUGCAAUACCAAGUGUUCCGCAACCGGCACUCCUCCUCCACCGACUUCCAACUGGUGAACCAAAUCUACAAACGCAUCAUGUCCGAAGACAAAGAGCUGUGCAACCACGCGCAGAAGAACCUCAACGCUGGCGUGUUCGUGAAUGGGCAAUUGCACGGACGGAUGGAAAAGGGGCCGCUGUUUUUUCAGAAGGUUGUGAGGGAGACGGUCGUGGCGCAUCGGGCGAAAGAGAAGGGUGGGAAGGGUGGGAAGGAGAUUUGGCCGGCGAGACAGGUCGUGGAUGAGACGGAGGGGGGAAGGGGAGUGCGGCUGAUGAAAUGUUCUGUGAGGGGUUGGGGGCCGGGUGUGAGAAGGGGGCGCAGGAGGGCUUGGUGUGGUAGAAUCAUUCGUGCUUGA